CAAUCAUAUGAUUUGGAUUUGGAUAUUCUAUAUGUGGAACCAUUAGGUCAUGACUGUAAAAAUUCUACCUAUUGGUACUUUGACAGAAAUCCAUUAUAUAGAAAAAAUAACUUCAGAAAUUUUAAAUCCAUCUCAACCAUACUCUACAUCAAAGAUUUAAUCAUGGUCAAAAGCAAGAUUAAACCAAAAGUAAAUACAAAAUCAAUAAAAAAGAAUUCUAAGAAUCCAUCAAAAGCUGCAAAAACUGAAGACUUGCCUUUACCUCCAAUUCAAAAGAAAGGCAGACAAACUAAUAAUUCUCUAGCCUCCCUUGAUGGACCAUUUCUUUUGGAAGUUACACAAGAUGUAAUCAAAAAUGUUGAGGACAAAAGUAGUAUUGGGAAGCAAGGAAAGAAUGAUUCCACUAACUAUGGAUAUAAAGAUAAUAUUGGUAUUGAAGAAGAAGAGCAACAAAUUGGUAUGCAUAAAGUUCUCAAGAUUUUAAAAGAUCAUGAAGAUGCCUGGCCUUUUGCCGAUCCUGUGGAUGAACAAUAUGCUCCAAGGUAUUAUAGUGUUGUUCGAAAACCAAUGGAUCUUAGCACUAUGGAAGAUAAAUUAGAUGAUGGAGCAUAUAAAACCAUAAACCAAUUUAAACGUGAUUUUAAUCUCAUAAUAGAAAAUUGUAAACAGUAUAAUGGUUCUGAUAAUGAAUACACUGAAAUGGCUUUGAAUCUUAAAGAAAUUUUCAAUAAAGCUGUUGAUAAAUUCUUAGAAUUUGAAGCUUCUAGUGAAGAUUCUUUAUCUACGAGUUCGUGUAAUGAAAAAGAAUCUUUGAAAAAUUCCAAAAGUAAGAGUUUUUCACCAGCAUCUCCCAGACAUAGUCCAAAACGUAAACAGUCAAAACAAAAAAAUUCUGAAGAAAAAUCGCCUGCAAAACUAAGUGAUAAAAAAAUUAAAGUCAAGUCUACAAAUACAUCUGAAAAAAAGGAUAUUGUUGAAGAGGUAAUUAUGAAAAAUGAAAAUAAAGAUAUUAAAAGUAAAGCCAAAAAAGUAAAGAAUCAAAUACAAGAACAUGAUAUUGAAGAAAAAUCUGAAAUAACUCAAAAGAAAGCUGCACUAAAUUCGACAAAAUCGAAAAAAACAAAAGUUCAUAAUAUUAAUAGUGUUUCUAAAAAUCAAAAUUUAUCAAGCAACGAAGUAGAUGAUCUAAAUAUUAAAACAACUGAAAAAAAUAAAAAAGUUGAACGUAAUUCAGGAUCACAAACAGAUAAAGAACUUAAAGAAAAUAAAAAGAAAAAAGAUAUUAAAAAGGAGUUAAAUUUAGUUGAUGAUUCCAAGGAUAAAACUCAGAAAGUAAGAAAAAAACAGAAAUUAGAUAUUUUAAUUGACAAAGUAAAAAAAAGGAAAUCAAAAAGUGAAAAAGACCUUAUUCAUAAAUUAUCUAAAAAACUUCAAAAUACUUCAGAUUACUCAGACAAUGAGGAUGAUCAAGAAGAAGAAAUCGAAAAAUGUCAAAACACGAAUUUAUUCUUGAAAAAUGGGGAAAUGAAAACUUCUUUAGAUGAUAUUGGAAGUAUUUUAAGCACUAGUAAGAAUAUUGUAAAAAAUAUUGAGUCCAUUACAACUAAAAAGGAAGAUAUUGAAUGCCUGGAUGGUUUGAAAGACAGGAUAAGUAAAAAACGUCAAGAAGAAAAAUUAAAAUUGGAAUUGGAAAAAAAACGAAAAAAAAAAUCUGCAAAAGGCGUUCAUGUUUCUAAAAAAGUAUCUUCUCACGAUGAACCUAUUCAUGACAAAAAUAAAUCAGGUGUUAAGAAGUCAAAAUCGAAAAAACAUAUUAAAAAUGAAAAGAAGAGUCAAGAUGACAAAGAAUCAAAAAAAAGCAAAUCUUCAAUCAAGAAAGAAGCUAAAGGAUUAGAAAAGAAAGAAGCUAAAGGAUUAGAAAAGAAAGAAGCUAAAGGAUUAGUAAAGAAAGAAGCUAAAGGAUUAGUAAAGAAUGAUAUUCAAGCUCUAAAUCAAGCAACGGAACAAACACUCAAUGAUAUGAAUAAAUGGUUGGAUGAUACUCCUCGUGUUUCUGAAUUUUCAUCUGAUAAUGAUACAUCUAUCAAAAAGGAAUCUGUGAGUGAUACUUCGAAUGAACCAAUUCUCCCAACAACAUCAGUUUCAACAAAUAAUAAAGCAGGAUUGUGUCCAGGAGAAAACUCUAGAAAAAGACCUAAAUGUCCAUCUUCUAACACAUUACCUCGACCUAAAAAAAUCCAAAGAACCAUUGAUAGAUUACAACCGGGAAAGAGUAAAGGAAACUUAUUAUUUAAAAAGCCAAACAGUGAAUCACCAUCUUUAUCUGAAUCUAUGGAUAAUCGUUCAACCACUGAUAAAGAACAAAAUUCCAAUCAAAAGAAUGAUGAUGAGCCAAAACUUAGCCUUGGCACUGUUCUUAAAAAUGUUGAUUCAAUUCAACUAAUUUGUAAAAGCAUUAUUUCCUCUCCAAAUACACAUUUAUCUAAUGAAGAUGAUGAAGAUGAAGGGAUAAGCAAAUCAGUAACUUCAACGGAUAAUGAUGUGCACAGAUCUUCUGAUUCAAAAGUUUCAUCUGCAUCAAGCAAGAAUACUAGUAUUGAUAAAAAUGUUGUUAAACAAGAGACUCCUCAAACAAAAACUGCAACUCCCAAUCUUAGUGCAUGGUUCAAAGCUUUUGGAGGUCCAAAAUCAAAGUGUAAAAAAGAAGAAGAAGAAAAUUUGGAGAAAAAAAAGGAAGAAAAAAUCCAGACGGCUCCAGAAUCUAAAACUACAGUUUCAACGAAUGAAAGUAGUAGCACUGGACCGAUUGCUGCAGUAAACAAUCAGCAUCUCACUAAUAUGAGUGGAUGUAAUACAAAUGAAAGUUUAUCAUCUUUCUCACAAGAAUCAAUGCCUAGUCGUGCAGGUCAUUCACCUCAGCAAGUGAGUCAAUCUGCAGAAGUCAUUUCGCCAACUGUCUCAAUAGAUCCUCAAAACAGAGGUGCAGGAUUUUAUCAAGAUGCUAUGUCAACUGGGAGCAGUCCAUACAAUAGCCCUUAUUACACUACUCCACCGCGUUAUAGUGCUCAACUUCCACCAACUCCGUCACCACUGCAGCAGCCCACAUCGCCUGCUUACUUAGCACCAGCUAGUUAUGAUCAGCCUUCAUCACCUAGUCUGUAUUCUCAAAUCAGUCCAAAUCCACAGCAUUUGCCACAGUCUAAUCAAAUUUCUGCUCAAAAUCAAUCAUCAGUAUGUCCAGCUCAGUCUCCUCGUUCUCUUCAAACAUCGCCGUAUCCACAGUCAUCGCCGCAACCUAUGAAUUAUUCUCAGUCAUCACCGCAAACACAACCAUCUACGCCACAAACUCCUGGGAGCAGCUAUUCACAACCUUCACCAUCAACAGCAACUUCGCUCAACUGUCCACAAGUUUCGCCGCAACAACAGCAUUCUCCAUACUCGCAAUCUUCGCCUCAACCACUACCCAACUAUUCUCAACCUUCGCCUCAUUCAACAUACUCGCAAGUAUCUCCCAGGCCACCGUCUUCCACUUAUUCACAAUCUUCACCUCAACCACCGAGCUGUGCAACUCAAUCUCCAAGUCCAUACUUACAAUCAGAACUUGUGAUUGUUCAAUCUUCGCCGAAAGGAUUUUCACAAACAUCACCUCAAACACCUACGAGUUACGCUCAUUCAUCAUCCCAAUCGUCAUCUCCGUACUCUGUUCAGCAAUCUUCUGAACAACAAUUGUCUACUUAUUCGCAACCAACGUCUCAGGCGCCGAUAAAUUUUUCUGCGCUAUCUUCGCAACAUUCAAAAUCGUAUAUAUCAUCGCAUUCAGUUCAGGAAUUAACCACCCAGCAGCCGUCGCCGAUACAAAAUUUUUCACAGUCUUCAGUUCAAGAGCAGCAACAACAACAACGAUUAGUUCAAAAUACAACCAAAGUUAUAGAAGAAAAUCAAUUAUAUCCUUCCAAUUUUUCGCAAUCUUUGAAAUCUGCUUAUAGUCAAUCUUCUGCACCUUUAACUUCAAAUGUUAAAUCAAAAGACAAACAUCCAUUGCAGCAUGAUAAUGUAGAUCAAAGAUUACACAACCAACAGAUUUAUCAAACUCCUAUAAGUGCACAGUUUCCACCGUAUCCAACAAAUAUCUUACAAAAUUCACCAGUAGUAGCCAACCAAAUGAAUAUUGACUCUUCUGGAUUAUCUGCUAGUGCAAGAGCAUCCAAUCAUGAUGUGCAGCAACAACUUGCUCAACAAAGACAGCAAAAUUUGUCAAAUCACGAACAUCUAUAUGGAAGUGGUUUUCAGGCUAGCUCAUAUGCUAUUUCAAAUCCGGCGUGUAGACCAGUGUACCCAGGAUUUUUCGAUGUCGGUUCUAAAAUCCCGCCCGGAACUGCUAAUUCAAGUUUACCUCCUGUUAAAAAACGUGCAUAUGAGGCGUCAGCUAAUACCAAUCUCUCACCAGGAAUGAAGCGAGGAGUACAUCAGGAUCCGACACCGCAAUCACAACAGCAGUUUGGUUUUGAGCCAUUACUAAGUCACAGUCAAUUUGACUCUAGCAAUGCAUUUUCUUCUGGCCUUGCUGAUAAUGCUUAUGCUCGGUUAAGUUUAGGGUUGGUUGGUCACUCAACGACUGCCAAAGAUCAGCAACUUCUAUCAAUUCAACGACCCGAUCCUAAAACUGAACAUUUGUCUCCUUAUGCACGUCCUGUGUCAUCUGGACAAUCUGAUUUAGAACUCACCUUACUACAAAAUUUACAAAAUGCUGCAGGUGUAGCGAGAAAAUCACCUAGUGUAUUGCCAGUUGCACAUCAACCAGUUCAACCAAGUUUGAAUGCUGCAAAGCCGAAAAAAACUAAAAAAAAGAAGUCACAAAAAGAGGCGACCCCAUUGCCAACAAAUAUUGCAAGUCACCAAGUAAAAACAACAUAUUCGCAAUUUACCAGUUCUACCAUUGAUUCGAUGGGUCUCAAACAGUCCAAUAGUGCUUUUAAUUUUACUACUGCAACCUCAAAUGUUACUGGAACGGCUGCCACAACUGCAGCAUAUUAUGAUAAAGACUCUGCCCCCCCUGCUUACGCAUUUUUAGAUGACUUCAGGAACCCAAAUCUUCAGGAGUAUUAUAGCAUGGCAUUAAGACAGCAACAGCAGCAACAGGCUCAACAUCAACCACAGCCACAAACAAAUUCGACAAAUGUAGAUGAAUCAAAAUUGUGUACAAGUCAAAAUGCUGUAGUAGCUGCUGCAGCACGAACUUAUUCAGGACAUCCAUUUCUUCACACACCAGGGCAACGCCCUAAUCCUUAUGCAUCACCAGUGCCCUCUUAUGUUCCACCCCAUGGACAUAAUAUUGGAGUUGACCCGGCUAGUUAUCAACAGUACAUUCAUUCUUUGUAUGCUUUGCCACCCCCACAUCACAGGACUUCAUGGCUGUAGCCUAUUUUUAAGUUCACUUUGUAAGACUGCGGAUAUUUAUUAUUCACUGAAUACUUCAUUUUAUUUUAUAUUAUCUUUUAUGGCAAGUUUGUACAAAUUUCAGUAUUUUAUGUUAAAUAUUUCAUUGCUAUCGAUGUUUUUCUGUAUAAUAUCUAAUCAAAAGAGUAUGAAACAUUUUUUGAGCUCUCUAAAAAAUUUUGUAAUAAAAAAGUACUAUUGUAGUUAUUGAAAAGGAAAAAAAACAAAAAGUUACGAAUAAUGAAAACAAAUACUUCCAAUGUUAGCCAUUGAUAAUUUACUAGCA